UCUGUGUAGCCCUGGCUGUCCUGAAACCCACUUUGUAGACCAGGCUGGCUUCGAACUGGAUGCUUCGCAAGCUGGUCUGGUAUUUUUCUUCGGAAAAAGCAACCCCAAGAACAAGCAAAAUGGCUGCUCUCAUGACCCUUGUGACCAUAAAGAAAGGUUCUACCUGUUCCAGGGCAUUAGGGGUUGAGCUAGAACAAGCUCACCCUCCCCUAACGUGCAGAAGUCUCUUGAAAGCAAAUAGAAUCUAUGUGUCUUUGGUGGUGGUAGUUGUUGUUGUUGUUUGGGGGGAGGGGGUUUGGGUGAAACAAUCUCAUGUAGCCCAGGCUGGCCCGGAGCACUCUAUGUAGCGAUGGACGAUCUUAACUCCUGAUCACCCUGCCUCUGCCUCCCCAGAGCUGGGGUACCGGGUGUGUGCAGCCAUACCCAACAAAGCCAACUUGGUACCUAUCUUUGACAAGUUUCUCAAUGUACUUCCAGGAUGGCAAGGAAAUGGAAAAAAUUAAAAAAAAACAUUUGGACUCCAGCCCUUUAUUCCACUGGGCUUUGGGAAAAGCUCCACCUUGCGUACUCCUCCCGCUUCUCUGACAGAUAAGGCCAUGGAUAUAAACAAAGCUUAGUCAGGGCCAGACAUACAGACAUCCACGGACACACCAUGAUCAGGACACUGCUGCUAUCUGCCUUGGUGGCUGGAGCUCUCAGCUGCGGGUACCCCACUUACGAGGUCCAGCAUGAUGUGAGCAGGGUAGUUGGGGGUCAAGAGGCCAGUCCCAACAGCUGGCCCUGGCAGGUCUCCCUGCAGUACCUUUCCUCUGGAAAGUGGCACCACACCUGCGGAGGCUCCCUGGUGGCCAACAACUGGGUUCUGACCGCUGCCCAUUGUAUCAGCAACUCUAGGACCUACCGCGUGCUGCUGGGCCGACACAGCCUCUCCACCUCGGAAUCCGGCUCACUGGCUGUUCAGGUCUCCAAGCUUGUGGUCCAUGAGAAGUGGAACGCUCAAAAGCUCUCCAACGGGAAUGACAUUGCCCUGGUCAAACUGGCUAGCCCAGUGGCCCUGACCAGCAAGAUCCAGACGGCUUGCCUCCCACCCGCUGGUACCAUUCUGCCAAACAACUACCCCUGCUACGUCACAGGCUGGGGCCGGCUGCAGACCAAUGGAGCCACUCCUGACGUCCUGCAGCAGGGCCGUCUGCUGGUUGUGGACUAUGCCACCUGCUCCAGCGCUAGCUGGUGGGGAAGCUCCGUGAAGACCAACAUGGUGUGCGCUGGUGGCGACGGUGUGACCUCCAGCUGCAAUGGGGACUCCGGCGGACCACUGAAUUGCCAGGCAUCUAAUGGCCAGUGGCAGGUGCACGGUAUUGUGAGCUUUGGCUCCACUCUGGGCUGCAACUACCCCCGUAAGCCAUCUGUCUUCACCAGGGUCUCCAACUACAUCGACUGGAUCAACUCGGUAAGAACUGUCAUCCCUGAGCCCACGGCCCGCCCACCGUGAGACCCGCUGGGGUUCCCAGGGGCAGCAAGUGGAUCUCAUCUCUUUAUAUGGUCCCACUGGUGUGGACCCUCCAGUGCUGUCAGUGAUAUUUAUCUGCAAAGCCCACACCCAGGUUGAGACCCCUACAACCUUAGUUUUUAGCACUUAAUUCCCCUGAAGAGUGCUCCCCCAACUCCCUCAAGGCCAACUGUCUCAUCUGCCCCGGGACAAAGGACUAUUCGGUUCUAUGUUGGGCCACUCCCCGGCAUAAGUUAAUCUUCUGUGCCUGUGUGUCCCCAGAAAGUCCUCUUCUGGAAGCUCGAUUUCCCUUUUACUAUAAUAAUCCCAAAUUAUUAAAAGAAUAACAGAGGGAAUGUUAUAAAGUGCGUGCCUCGCAAAUACAAAGGCCGCAGAUCAAUCCCCAGGACCCAUGUAAAAAGCCAAGCGUGGUAGCCAGUGUUAUCCUAGUGCUGGAGAAGCAGAGACAGGAGGAACCCAGAGGCACGCUGGCUAGUCAGAGCAGUUAAGGACACAGGGGCAGUCAGGGAGGCAGCAGAGCAGGAGGAAGUUGGCAGUCAAGGGGCCCUGGGUGAGGAUGAAGGAACAUGGAGUCUGCAGAGGAAUGCUGGGAAGGGGGAGGACUCUGCCCAUAGGGUGUAUUUAACUCCGCCCCCUUGGUUUGCUUUUCUGUAAAAUGGGACUUGAACCGAGCCAGACUCCUCAGGGGGUACAGCCCGGUGUCCGACAGAAUGACUAGGGUGUUGGCUCGUGUGGCAGCGCCCAUGAAGAAGGGAAGCUGCCAUUGGCUCAUUAUCUCCAGCUCGGUGUGCAGGGAACCUUAAAUUGAAUUAGACUGCUGGAAAACCAGAUAUGAAGCGGCAGUUGUGAGCGAGUGCCUGAGGGAGCCGGCUGUCAGAGCCAGCCUGAGGGAGCUUCCAAGUUUGCCGGCUCUCACCUGCCCGCUUCUCAGUCUUUUGUCUGUCUGCUGGGUCUGUUCCGCACACAGCUAGACUCGACCCCAGAGCUCCCAAGAAAGUUUGUCAGGGCUCAGAAAUGGACCAGUGGGAUAGAGGGGCUUGGGGUCAAGCCUUAUAGAUGGCCUGAGUUCAGUCCCGGGUGUCCCGUGGUACACACAUGCGCACACAGCAAGUAAAUGCUUUUUUUAAAUCUUUUUUAAAAUUGAUUUUGCUCUUUUAAAAGUAAGUUAGAGGGGCUGGGGAUUUAGCUCAGUGGUAGAGCCCUUACCUAGGAAGCGCAAGGCCCUGGGUUCGGUCCCCAGCUCCGAAAAAAAAGAACCAAAAAAAAAAAAAAAAUUGACAGAGGGGACUCUAAAGCCAGCUUAGAGCAUUUCAAAGGAGCCGCGGUGAUUGGUUGGGAAGAUGCUUCUGGCCUUUGUCUCAGCCAGCUCCUCAGAUGUCUUUUGUGGUCCCAGCUGCUGCAUUAGUUAGCUCACAGCUGAGACUGGCAGCACCUUCGGGACCCAAAGCAUGACCUGUUGUCCCAGCACCUGCUGUUCCCAGCCACAGGCGGCACAGCAAGGCAGAUGGCCGAGGGUAGGAGUCAGGAAGACGAAAAGGGGAAAGCAAAACUUGCUGGUUACCUGGGCGGAGCUCCUGCAUUCCUGGGAGAGCAGCCACUGGGGGAGAAUGCUGGGGGACUAGGAGGGGAGGACAGGACAGGCAGGGGUGGAGCGCUGAGCAGCCAGCUGUCCCUGGAGAAGCUGCAGAGGAGACAAUAGGAGCCUCACAAGGUCCCAGCCCAAGGCUCUGUGUGUGUGUGUGUGUGUGUGUGUGUGUGUGUGUGUGUGUGUACAAACAGCUGCAACCCUGAGGGGGUGCCUCAGAGCACACCUGCCUAGACAGCCUUAGGUGAUGAGCCAAGGCCAACAAGCAGCCAACAAAAGGCACAAAUGACCCCGGCAUUCAUCCUUUUGGCAAAUGACCACUGAAAAAUUCCAGCAAUAUAAAAAUAUUGCUUAUUAAAGGAACAUAGGAGCGUAUCACGCAAAUAACGAAGAUCCCCUGGCUUUCACCUUUGUCCCACUCUACAGAGGCAAUCACUGUGAAUUAUAUGCUAUGUGUUCAUCUGGGCCUUGUGUGCAUAAGCCAAAAAUACAAAACCAAACCAAAAAGUCCUGUAUUGCCAGACGUGGGGUACAGAUGUAUAAUGGCCAGUACUUGGGAGUCAGAGGCAGGAGGAUUGUUUUAAGGCCAGCCUGAGCUACAUGAGACCCUGUUCUCAAAACCAGCCAGGCAUGGUGGUAAUGAGGCCAGCCUAGGCUACAUAGUGAGUCCCAGCCUCAAAACAAACAACAAAGAAACUCCCACAACUACUUGUGUAGAUUGUCUUCUAACAAAAGCCACGACAGUCACAUUUUAUUUGUUUAAUGAACUCAGUGGUCAUUGUGAACUGUGAAGUGUCUUCAGCACAAACAUCACUAGAGACGUUUAUUCUGGGUCCUGAUUUUUGUUUUGUUUUUGUUUUUCGAAACCGGGUUUCUCUGUGUAGCCCUGGCUGCCCUAGAACUCACCCUGUAGACUAGGCGAGCCUCAAACUCACAGAGAUCCACCUGCCUCUGCCUCCUGCCUCCUGCCCUGCCUGUGCUGGGAUUAAAUGUGCGAG